GCCGCUUAGUCGUAAAGAUUCGACUCGAGGCCCUGCCAGGUUCAUGGGAGUCUUGUAUGACCGACAGCUACUUCGUAGUACACAAACGGGUGUAAACUCACAAUACUAUGGGGAGAGUCUCUGUGCUUUUAUUAUCGAAAGGAUACGCGGGGAAUCCGUCGAGGCUUCUAGUCCAGUCUCAUUCUCUCUGGAUUUCAAGUUCCUACUCGCCGUUGGACAUUGUCUAUCCUAUUUAAGUCAAUGUAGCUGUGCCUAGCAUUACCCAAUAGAGCUUACGGUCGAGUCAUACAGCAACUCACCAGCAUCCUGCAGGAGUAGUUGUUCAAACCAGUACGACUAGCAUAAGACAAGGGGAUUGUCUGGUUGCGUGGUUGUGCCGGUUUGGAUGUUUUAUCACGAAAUUUCGCCCUCGGUGUGGGUUUCGAUUUGCCUUUACCGGCAAACCUGUCUAUUUUUCGGCUUCUUACUUUGGCUCUUUACAAUUUCGCUUGUUCUUCCAUUUAUCACUUGGUUCUAAUUUCGCUUCACUCAUUGUCUCCUUCGUCCUUUGGACAAUCAAUUGCCCCUUGGGCACCUAAAGGAAGUUAGCUCGGGAAUCUCUGUGUACAAACGUGAAUCACAACAAGCAGGGGGGAAGGUCUGAGGAGCCAGACAAGACUGAAAGGUCGAGUGUAGUAAAUACACAAAACGUCCAUCAGAAAACAGUCCGUGGACAUGAAAGCGGCGUUAUGGCCAUCUUUUUCUUUAGUCAAAUUCCCUUGACCACCGGCAACUCA